AUGGCAUCUGUAGAAGCUGCCGACAUCCCCGCUGAUGGAACUGGUGUUCUCAAGCUUGAUCCAUGGCUGGAACCUCACAAGGACGUGCUGAAGCACAGGUACAGCUUGGUCGAGAAAUGGGCCAACGAUAUUAAUCGCACGGAAGGUGGUCUGGAUAAGUUUAGCAAGGGAUAUGAAACUUUCGGCAUCCAUGCACUGCCAAGUGGCGACAUCACAUACCGAGAGUGGGCGCCUAAUGCGACGCAGGCGUCUUUGGUUGGAGAUUUCAACAACUGGGAUGUCAACGCCAAUCCAAUGAGCAAGAAUGACUUUGGCGUUUGGGACGUCAUUGUUCCCUCGAAGGGUGGUGUCCCAGCUAUUCCCCACGACAGCAAGAUCAAGAUCACAAUGGUUCUCCCCAACGGCGAGCGUGUCUAUCGAAUCCCAGCCUGGAUCAAACGUGUCGUCCAGGAUCUGAACGUCUCCCCGAUAUACGACGCCGUAUUCUGGAACCCGCCCGCCAGCGAGCGCUACAACUUCAAACAUGCCCGACCCAAGAAGCCCGAGAGUCUGCGUAUCUACGAGGCUCACGUGGGCAUCUCGUCCCCAGAUACACGGGUUGCCACUUACAAAGAGUUCACCAAGAACAUGCUGCCUCGCAUUAAGGGUCUGGGCUACAAUGCUAUCCAGCUGAUGGCUAUCAUGGAGCAUGCGUACUAUGCCAGUUUCGGCUACCAGGUGAACAACUUCUUUGCUGCCAGUAGUCGCUAUGGAUCUCCGGAGGAUCUGAAGGAGCUUAUUGAUACUGCGCAUAGCUUGGGUUUGGUUGUUCUGCUUGAUGUUGUGCACAGCCAUGCUUCGAAGAAUGUUGCGGAUGGUAUCAAUGAGUUCGAUGGCACUGAUCACCUUUAUUUCCAUGAGGGUGGUAAGGGUCGACAUGACCAGUGGGAUAGUCGUUUGUUCAACUAUGGAAACCAUGAAGUGUUGCGGUUCCUCCUGAGCAACCUUCGUUUCUGGAUGGAGGAGUACCAGUUUGAUGGAUUCCGGUUUGACGGAGUUACCAGUAUGCUCUACGUCCACCAUGGGAUCGGAAGCGGCUUCUCCGGCGGUUAUCAUGAGUACUUCGGUCCGACUGUCGAUGAAGAAGGCGUCACAUACCUCACUCUCGCCAACGAAAUGCUACACAAGCUCUACCCUGAAUGUAUCACCGUCGCCGAAGACGUCUCCGGCAUGCCAGCUCUCUGUCUCCCACAUGCACUGGGUGGUGUAGGCUUCGACUACCGUCUCGCGAUGGCCAUCCCAGACAUGUACAUCAAGCUCCUGAAAGAAAAGGAAGACAGCGAAUGGGACAUUGGCAAUCUAGCCUUCACAUUAGUAAAUAGACGCCACGGCGAGAAGACCAUCGCCUACGCCGAGAGUCACGAUCAAGCUCUGGUCGGCGACAAAACCCUAAUGAUGUGGCUCUGCGACAAAGAACUCUACACACACAUGUCCACUCUAUCCGAAUUUACCCCCAUAAUCGAGCGAGGAAUGGCCAUGCACAAAAUGAUCCGCCUAAUCACCCACGGCCUGGGCGGCGAAGGCUAUCUAAACUUCGAAGGCAACGAAUUUGGACACCCCGAAUGGCUCGAUUUCCCCCGCGAAGGAAACGGGAACUCAUUCUGGUAUGCACGUCGCCAGCUAAACCUGACCGAAGACAGUCUGCUCCGUUACAAGUAUCUCAACGAGUUCGAUCGAGGCAUGCAGCUUACCGAGGAGAAGUAUGGUUGGCUGCAUUCUCCUCAGGCCUACAUCAGUCUGAAGAACGAGAGUGAUAAGGUCAUUGUGUUUGAGCGAGCGGGAUUGCUUUGGAUCUUUAAUUUCAAUCCUACCGAGAGCUUUACGGAUUAUAGGGUUGGGGUUGAGGUUCCGGGCACUUAUCGGAUUGUGCUUGAUACUGACGAACCGAGGUUUGGAGGCUUGGGGAGGAAUGAGAAAGACACUCGGUUUUUCACGACUGAUAUGCCGUGGAAUGGGAGGAAGAACUUUACGCAGGUUUAUCUUCCUACGCGGACUGCUUUGGUCCUGGCUUUGGAGGAGACUCUGUAG